AUGAGCCGACAAUACGACAUCUGGUCGAUGGGCUGUCUCAUCCUGGAGAUUUUCGUAGGGCUUGCGCACGGCUAUAAAGGCGUCAAGAACAUCCGGUCCGACGUCCAAGGCGAGCAUAGAGGGCCGAAACCUUGUUACACAGUCGAAGAGAGUCCCAGAAGAGAGGCGACGGGAAAACUCAAGGACGUCGUCGAGACGUGGAUGGACUACCUGGCCGAAGGGCCAGCCUGCGACGGUCGGACGGCUCUUGGUCAACUUUUGGACCUGGUUCGAAAGAGGCUACUUGUGGUAGAGCUGCCGCCUCAUGAGGCCGCUGACAAAGAACCUACUAGGCUACAACGGUAUCGUGCUACAUCAGCGGAGCUGGCUGCUGCGUUGGGCCGGAUUAUGGACGACAGCAACUGCUCUGAGCAUUACUGGUUAAACCCUAAAGUGGAUAUACGGCCCGCACCACGAUUCAACCGAGAGGACUUCCAAGGCCCUUGGGGCUCCUUGGAAUCAUUGUACCCUGGAUUUGGGGGGGCCUUAGGCAACAGCAAAUCCAUCUAA